UACCUGUUUGCAACCUAUUUGAAUGGUAUUUAAAUGUUGAUAAAGAUGAGGUGAUGAGAAAGAAAGCAAAUAAGUAUGAGAAAUCUGAAGACUUAUCUAAACAGAAUUAUAAAGCAAAUGAUUCCAAAAAUUGCUAUGAAAAUGAAAUAAAUAAUUCUAGAUUUGCUAUGGACUAUGUGAAAGGUUUUAUAAAGUUAAAUAGUUUGAGUUGUCAACAUGAAGAUGCCAAAGCUGAAAUGUUGAGUACUCUGAAGCUUUAUAGUGACAAGGAUCUUGAGAAAUGA